UGUUUCCGGUUGAUGUCCUGUAAGUUUCAGUUCCCCGUAGUUCCUAAGUUUUAUUAAAUUCAGGAAUUUAAGUACUGCUUCGUUGCUUUUGUUUAUUAUUCUGUGCAUUAAAUUGAUCAGUUAAGGUUGUGCCUGUAAUUUGUAAUUGUUAAGUGUUGGGUUAAUAUCCCUCCGCGGAUAGGAGAGCCGAAACCAAGGUGCAGAAAGCGGCUUUUCAUGGCUCCUCUCCGGGUCCUGUGCAUUCACGGUUACCGUCAGAACGGGAGCUCGUUCCGGGAGAAAACCGGAGCUCUGCGGAAGCUGCUGAAGAAGCAGCUGGAGCUGGUUUACAUCACCGCACCGCUCACCGUGCGGACAGCUGCUACAGAAGAGGUUUCUAACCUGGAGAAUAAUUCAGUUCCAGCAGCAGGGGGCGACGAAGAGCCCAGGGGCUGGUGGUUUUCUGACAUUCAGGCUCGGAGCUUCAGCGCUCAGCAGCAAUGUGAGAAAAGCUCGGGCCUCGACGACAGCAUAUCGGCAGUGAGAGAAGCCGUGAAGACCCAGGGCCCGUUUGAUGGCGUCCUGGGAUUCAGUCAGGGAGCAGCUUUUGUUGCCAUGCUGUGUUCACUCCAGGAGCAAAAACUGGAGCUGGAAUUCAACUUCCGCUUUGCCAUCCUUGUUGCCGGUUUUCGCAGCGCUUGUGAGGAGCAUCAGAAGUUUUACGAGGUGCCGCUCCAAAUCCCGUCUCUGCAUGUGUUCGGACUGGAGGACAGGGUCAUUCCUGACAGCAUGAGCAGGGAUCUUCUCCCCUGCUUCCAGGACCCUCAGGUCCUCAUACAUCCUGGAGGCCAUUUUGUUCCUGCUGCAGCUGCUCACAGGCAAAUGUAUCAGGACUUUCUGAAGAGGUUCCAGUAAGACAACAUAAUCACUGAUUUUCUGUCAGAAGCUGCAACAGAAUAAAAACUGAAUCACUGGUAGAACUAGGUCCAGACACAGAUUGGAUCUGGAUCUGGACCUUUUUACAUUCUUUUGUCUUAUAAAUCUAAAAGAAUAAGAUCAGCUGUUACACUGAGAGGUGUAACAUCAAUGUAAACUUGCUCAGGGAAAAUCUAAUAUAAAGGGCAAUAAAAAAGAUUAUUUAAGAUUAUUAAGGUCUGCUUGUGUGAGGAUUUUCAAUCGUUUCUAUUAAUAUAAAUACAUGCAUACCUAAAGCAUAUGAAAUUAAAUUGAAAUGGUGUUUAAAUGUAUGGGAACUUUAAGGUAUUCAACUGUAUUUCUGUAGUUUGUGGUAAAAAGAUUAAUAUGAUGACACAUAAUUAUAAAAAAUACUUAACAAAAGCUAAACAAAAAAGUAUGCUUCACUAAUUAACCUGAACCCUAGUAAAUGGUGAACAUAGUGGAGGUAGUAUCAUGCUGUGGGAAUGCUUUGCGUCAGCAGGAAGCUGGUCAAAGUUGGUGAGAAACUGGAUGGAGAUAAAUCUAGUUGUUACAAGAUGUUGAAGACUUGACUGGGUCAGAGACUCACCAUCCGAUGAAACAUAAUUUAAAGCAGAGAAAGUCUGGCAAGAUUUGAAAACACUCUCCAUCAAAUUGUUUGAUCUGUCUUGUAAAUGACAGGUAAAAAUUAAUAGUCUGAACAUUUUUUCUAAAGCAUUUUGGUUUUUCUAUAUAUUGAUGGUUUCAAAGUUAUUUGUUUUAUUUAUUUUUACAUUUCAAGGAUUAUUUUAGGGAUUAUUGUGGAAUUGACUAGAAAACAAUAAUCCCUAAAAUGAUCCGUUUCAAACAUCCACUCAGCCUUUUCAGCAGCAGAGUUACUCUGGAAUCAUAAGUGGGUUUUUUUUCCUUUAAGCUUUUAGUCACAUCUUCUGUUGUUUAUAAAAACCACAUGACACCCCCUGAAUUUUUUAUUUUAUUUUAUUUUUUGCUAACAGUUGCAGCACAAUUGUUGAAAAGUGCUGACGGAUCUUUAUCACAACCAAAGUCGAAACCCUGGUUUAUUAGGUUUGACUCUACACAACCUGACUUUGGCACACAUCCUGAGAAUUACAGGAAUGAUUCUGUGACUUUAGUUGAUGAAUGAAGAGGUUACACACACACACACACACAGACAGGUUUGUGCAGAGGCAGAAACUACACAGGGUUCAAGUACGUGUUGUUCUUUUGUAGCUGAAGCAUGUGCACGUCAGGCUCCUCUCUUUCAAUUGUUUCCAGAUGUGUGCUUUCUGUCUCUCCCUCCUCUCGACCUCGCUCUCCUUUUCUUUCAUCUCAUCUCAGAUUCUUCCUCAGCAUCAUUCUCUGUCUUGUGCUGUACACAUUUAACUGAAGCAUACGUUUCCUACAUUUCUAACACCAGCUCCGGUUUGUCGUCAGGUUUCUUCAUUAUGUCCCACCAGAUGUCUUCUCAGAAUGAGUUCUUAUUUACAGCAGGUGGCAUUCUCAAAAAUCUCCAUAAAACGAGGAAGCCACAAGCUUGCUUGUUGUAUGGCACACUCUGUUUAAAGUUGUCAACAAAUGUGAAAGGUUCUGUCUGAGACGAGACAAAAGUUUUGAGUUUAGAUUAGUGAUGUGAUUUUGCUUAUUGCUUUUGACGAAUUUACGACUAUGAUUGUUAAAAACUCAUUAUGCACCAGAACUGAAAUCCUGUGUACUUCUUAGUGAUAAUUCUGGUUGUUUUAAACACCUUGUCCAGCCAAGAAAUUGGUAGUCGUGAGUGACAACUUAAUCUAGAUCUUUGUAAGGUGUUGAAUUGUUUCUUUAGUGGCAGAUCUGGUGUGGAGAGAUGAUUAGGAAUGCCUCUUUUUUGCCUUCUGUUCCAUCUCAGAUUGUAAAGAAUGUUAAAAUCAAAACCUGUUUGAUUAAAUUCAUCAAACACUGAUAAACUCCUCAUAAAUAUUAGAUCUUUACUCAGUGCGGAUCUAUUGUCACAAAACUUACCUUUAAUCUGUAGUCGUCCAGUAGAAUUUGAGAAGUAGUUUGGGGUUGUUUUUGCUUCUCUUUCUUUAAUCAAUAAUUAGUUUAAUUAUUCAGUCAGUGAUUAUUGAAUAUUCAGCAAUUCAUCCUUGGUUUUAUCUUAGGAAAUAAAGGGUAAGAAUUCAUCAUCCAGAUGGAUUGAAAAACUAUAAAGCAUUUUUUUAAAAGCUUGUGAGACUGAUUUGUGAUAAACUGUGUUUAUGAUACAGUUAUAAACCAAAAUUGCUCUGUUAACAUAAAAUUCAACCAUAAAUACUCCACAUUAGCUCUUGUCUUUCACAAACCUGUAGUGACUCACUUAACUUUUCAUUGUUUUUUUUUUUGUUUGUUUUGUUUAUUUUUGCAUUUAAUUUGCUGUGCACCUCUGGGGAUUUUUUCAGCUUUUCAGACACUCAUAUUCACUCUCUCCAGAGUUCCCUUGUGGCCCUUGUGUCCCUCCAAGACCUUAUAAGACACAUGCACACACACUCGUACACAUGGUUUUGAUAACAAGUGGAGUGCAAUGGAGAGAGUGAGUGAGGGAAGGGGAAACAGUAAAAGAAAAACACAGAGGGUCACCAUUGCCAGUAAGUUUUACAACAGAGCCGUGACUCUCUUCUCAGGAAUCCGUUCCUCCUGUUGCACAACAGACGGGAAAUAAUGGAAUGAGACAGAGACGGAUGAGGGUGGAGUUACCCAGCCUCUCUCUUCCACUCUCUGCAGCUGAAACAGGGGAGAGCGAGGACACGCUUUAAGUUUUCUCCACCACCAAGCUAUCACUUUUUCCCCCAUUCUUCAGCCUCGGGGGAGUUGAAGCAGGGAGCCAGAGGGGUGUGUCGGGGCACAGAUGGGCUCUAUUUUGAUUUUGGAGCGUUUGUUGUUAUGGGAGAUGGAAGCGAGGGGAGGGGCGAUUUGGAGGCGUGCGUGUCUAUAAAAGAGUUGAACUUAAACUCCAAAGAGCCUGGUCAUCCCACGGGCCAGGACACGGAGAUGAGACCAAAGCUGACCAUUCUACCUGGGAUAAAACCUUUGAUCCAUUCAGCUGAGGACUUUAUUUUUUAAUCUACUGGCCAAACAACUUUUGGAUUUAAAUUCAUUUUUUAAUCUGCUCAUCUGUAUUAUUGUCCUUUACUAUUACAACAAUCAGCAAGAGGAUGCUGAUAAGCGUAAAGCUUUUAGUUUAAGUGACUACUUACCCACUUGAAUUUGUGCGCUGCUGCAGAGGAUGGGACAUUGCAGAGCUAGGGCCUGUGUCCAGUCUUAACAUGGGAUUAAAACCAUGCCGCUUUAUUUUCUGUCUGUUUCUGUGGGUGACUGGGCUUCGCUGUGAACAGGCCUGCCUGCCUGCACAGUUUACCGCAGAAGAGGAAAAGAUGCCUCACACUGUGAGGUCGUGCUGGAAGGAUCUGCCGUGUGUCUGGCACAUGUGGCGCGCGCUGACAAAUAAAGAGCAGGAACAGAUGGGAGCCUAUUUAAAGAUGUCAGUUGAAUUUCUAUUUAAAGAAAAGAAACAGCAGCAUUAGUCAACUGAUGUAAAUUAUUGGCAUGAAAUUGGUUUAGAAAUCAACAUUGUAUGAUACAUACAGAGUAUUUGUGCGUGUGUGUGGAUGUGGGUGGGUGACUGCUCAUGUUUUUCCCUUCUGUACUGGUGAACGUUGGUCUUCUUAUAGUUCUCACAUAGUUUUGGUUUCCCUCUGUGGUUUUCUUGUUUUUGUGGACGCUGAACUUUCCUUUACUUUAGUCCAUUCUCUUUACCUCACAUGUUGACAGUUUCAGAGGUUUGUGUUAGAUACCUGCAGCCACAUAAAUGAUAGAUGUUUGAAUUUUUGCAUGUUUUUCUGCAUUUAUUGAAUACCUAUAAAUUCCUACAGGCUUGACCUUCUUUAUUUAAAGGAGCUCUGAUUCCCCAAUUCUCAAACAAGAGCAUUUAGGUCUCACAACUAAAUUCUCUUGGAUUAAAACAGGGGAGACCACACUUCACUUGAAGUAUAUUCUAUGAUUGCUUCUAUUCCUAUUGUUAACUUUUAUCAGCUUUUUUUAAAUAAAGUAACAUUGACAGAGAUAAUACCCUGGAAAAACUGCCUGUAACGGUUAAAAGUGGAUCUGAUCUCCUGGUGUCGUUCGUCACUCAGUGUGAGUGUUUCUGUCCCUUUAACACAUGCAAUCGUUCCUUUGGGUUUGUGUUGAUUUGGUGCCAAAAAGGGGAGAUGAGGUGAAUUCAGGACAUAGAUUAGGUCGUUCCCAUGUCUGGUGUAGAAAAUCCUUUGCAGUCAUUUGUGUGCUUGCCUCCUCAGUUGGACUUGUUUUUGAACAUGGUCAGGGUCCUUGGCAUGGAUAGCUGUGGUUUGGCUGUCCUGCUGGUGCGUGACUGACAAUACCAGGGUAAAUAUUAGUCAUCGUGACUGCAGGCUGUGGUGGAAACAAGUAAGGCAUGCUUUGGCUCAUGCUAAACACAAAAAUAUGAGUGCAAUUUUGGUUGGUUUCAGACAGUUGUGAGGAGAUAAGAGAGGUGAGAAACUUUCCUUCCACUUGCAUGGCUCGGUGUUAUUUGUAGAUAAAUCAAUGGUGGAUUUUUGACCUGAGCAGUAUGGCUGUCUGCCCAUCGUGGUACAGUGUGGGAUGCUGUAAUACGUGAAACCGUUUUCAGUUCCUCGUUUUGAUGUCUGGUAAUGAGAAUGGGUUUUCCCCCAUGAAAUGUGCACAGUGUUAGGAAUCAUUGCCCUCCUGGGUUGGAUUUAGUAUCUAAUUUGCAGCUUUUGAUUCAAUGCCUUAGUGGUUUUUGAUUUAGGUAAUAUAUAGCAAAUGCUAAAAAAAAAAAAAAAAAAAGAAAGUGAACAUAUUUUUGUUGAUUGUUCACUUUGCCAUUUAAGGGAGUGAUUCCUCCUCUGUGUUUUGCAAAGUGUAAUCACUGUUUGACUUUAUGGCUAUGGAUUUCAGAUUGAUAUUGAUAAUGCCAAUUGGUAAUACCAAUGAAGAUACCUCAACUCUCUAAAAAAAGAGAGAUUUAAGCUGAAAGAUUUGUUUUUAAGGACAAUCAGAUCUAGUUUAAAAUCUGAAACAUUUCAACUUGAAAGUUUGUUCAACGGUGAACAGCCAUAUGGAGGGCAGCACUGGGUUUAUGAGAUAGCAAGGACCAGCAGGUAAGUAAUUUGUUUGGUUGGUUUUUAGAAGGAUUGCCCUGGAACUAAAUACUUCUUUGCCCUGAACAGUAAGAGUUUAUGUGCUGUUGUUCACUGAUCAGCACAUGAGCUUUUACAGUGCAGGGGGAGGAGGACAAACGACAAAUCCAAACUUCUGAUCAUCAGUUUUUAUUUACUUUACAGCACCUCAGAAAAUCAAUGCACAUUAAAUAUGUUGGUUUAAGCAAAAAGACAGUGAUUAUGGUCAAAUUACAAUACAUAUGCGAAAGACUAUAUCAUAUUAUUAUUAUAAUAACCCAUCAUACCCAGAGGAUUGAUUGAUUCAAUAAUCCAUCUCAUAAUUUAGAUGAUUCUCUACAUUUGUAUUGGGAAUGGGUGAGAAGGAUGGUUAAUGGUAACCUGGUGCAUUUUACCAUUAACCUGAGAUUGUUAAAUAUUUGAUAUUCAUUCAUCUUUGAUAAGAAUGUACUGCUGACUUUUAAAGAAAGUAAGUGUAUUACUUUUUAAAAAUUCUUUGGAUGAAUUGAUGAAUUAAUCCAAAGAAAUAUUUGGUUGAAUUCAUACUUAUAAGUUAUAUAUUUACUAAAAAUAAAAUCAACUGGUUCAAUGUAAAAAUUGUGACUUUUUGGUAACUGACAGAUUUCAAUCUAAAUCUCUCAUGAUUUAAAAAUAUCCUUAGGUCAUUUUAAUUAUUUAGCAUUCUUUUUUAUUAAUUAGAUAACUUUGGAGACAAUCCAUUGACAUUUUAUCUUCUAUCUGUUAAACAAUAAUUGCUUUGAAAAACAUUUUUU